GAAUUUAUCAACACAUUUUUAUUAAGAUUAUUUAUCUUCUACAGGAUUUAGAACAUAAAACAAGUUAUUCUCGGCACGUGCAAUACUAUCAUGGGUAAAGUGGAAAUUGCAUUUUACAAUAGUCUACGAUAUUUUGUAGUUUACAUAUCUGUGAUAAAUGUAUUAUAAAUUAUACAAAAUAUAUAAGUAACUUAUAUCAAGUUUCCAUUCUCUUCAAUUGUUUGAGAUAAUUUACUAAAGUUAUUUUUUUGUGUACAGAGUUCUAGUACCAAAUUCUCCAAAUCUUUGAAUAAUACUUACAAUUUUAUAGAAACUGAUAAAGGCAAACAUACAACCACAUUCUGAAUCUAACGUUAGUCAAGAUUUUAUAUUCCAGCUUGAAACUGUAUGAUAUUACUAAGUAGGAAGGAAGUGGGAUUUAAAACCACAUCCAGAACUCUUCGAUUUGCACGGUUAAACUUCUGACAAUACUUUUCAAGAUGGAAUAGUUAUCAUUCCGUCACACUUCAGUCGAUCAUGAGAACGCGUAGCUGAUUUUUUAAUACAACCGCGAAUAAAUGUUAACACUCGACACGGUAGUUAUUAAUAUUGCUGCCAAAGUAUAAAGAAAGUAUAAAGCGCUCUUGAAAAUAGUGUUAUCUCUUCAUUUCUCAUAUUAUUUAAAUAAUUUCCUAUGUUCAAGAGAUACUUCACUACACGCGUAAAACCGAUAAAACCCCUAAAACUAUUCCUUAGAGUAAAAACUAUUCAAUUACUACAAAGUGAUGUGUUAAAAAAUAAUAUAAAAAAAUAAAGAUGCCAGCUCGUGGUUCCUAUCAGGUGACUUCUAGAAAAGAAGGCGAAGUAGCAGAACAAGAUCAAUCUUACAGAAGCUGCAUUAUUGCUCUUUUGAUAUUUUUUUUCUUGUGCAUGAUUAUCAUUCUGAGCACCUGGCUGUUGGGGCCGGCUAAAACCGCACCGAUUACUGAUUCUCGAAAUAAUAAUGACCGUUCUGAGAAACUGAAGUACGAGGGCAACGAAUUUAAAACCACAAAGGAAGAUCGAAAUAAUACUAUUACAGAGUUUGAGCCAGAUUUUGGUAAACAAAAAGAUGACAAGAACGUGUCUCCCACAGAACAUCCACAGAAAAGAAAUACCGAUCCAGAAUUAACUGAUCCAAUUCAACAAACGACUACUCCAAAAUCUGAUAAUACUGAUUCUAUCACUAAAAGUAAUACAACAAUGAUCAGUUCAACAAUUGAGAAUUACACGAACAAAAUAAUGUCUGAAGAUCAGACGAAACAUACACAGACAGUUAUUCAAGGUCUAGUUACAACUACUACUACUACAAACCCGCAUAACAUUGAUGAUUCUAUAAUGGACAAUGAUACAACAAUGAUCAGUCCUACAACUGAGGAUUACACGAAUGAAAUAAUGUCCGAAGAUCAGACAAAAUAUACACAGGAACUUAUUCAAAAUUCAAGUACAAUAACUGCUACUCGGAACUCUCAUAAUAUUGAUGUUUCUAUGAUGGAUAAUGAUACAACAAUGAUCAGUCCUACAACUGAGGAUUACACGAAUGAAAUAAUGUCCGAAGAUCAGACUAAAUAUACACAGGAACUUAUUCAAAAUUCAAUUACAAGAACUACUACUCCAAACCCUUACAAAACUGAUGAUUCUAUGAUUGAAAAUGACACAACAAUGAUCAGCCCCACAACUGAGGAUCACGCAAACAAAAUAAUGUCUAAGGAUCAUACGGAAGAUCAAUUCGAAGGCUCAAGAGAAUUGAAGGAAAACAAAACUUACACUUUAGGCACAACAACAACGGCAAAACCGACAGUUGUGACAGAAACCAAGAGUACGCAGUCUAACAUAUCAGAUUGGUUUACGGAACAAUCUACAACAAUCUCUAACGACAAUGAUAUUUCAAAAACCACUAACAGGUUUAACAGUUCUGCAACAAUAAUUGAUUUCAGUGAUGCAAAUGUCCCGGUAACCACAUCUACGAAGCAGUCGAUAUGGAAUAAUGUUAGCAAUAAUAUAUUUGAUAAAGAUAAGCAAAACGGUGAAUGUACUACUUUCUCGUGCAAAAAAUUGGCAAGUAAAAUGUUCUUGUACAUGAAUCCCUCUGCAGACGCCUGUGAUGAUUUCUAUGAAUACGCCUGUGGCGGUUUUGAAAACGAUUCUGAAAUUUUUGAAAAAAGUCUUCUAAAUCGCGCUUACCAUCGAAUUGAGAAUGAGAUGCGUAAGGGCAAAAAUAUGGAGUCUCGUUUGUUUCUUAAGUAUUACGACAGUUGCAUCAAGUAUGACGAGGCAAUAGAAAGAUCCGAAAGAACAAAAAUGGUCAUAGAUGUUCUGAAGUCCGUCGGGAAGUUUUACACUUCUGCAAACCAGAAUGAUGACGAUCCAGACAUUACUGAUCUGUUUAGAAAGCUUUUUAUACAUAACAGCGCACUUCUGUUCGAUAUUGUACCGGAUGUCGAUGAAUUCACAUCAAAUCGUUUUACGCUUAAAGUAGGACCCCCAUUUCCUAAGAGUCCAUUUGUAUUAGAAGACCCGGAUGACCCUUGCAAUCCACUCAAAGAAACAUUGCACGGUGACUACUUUGAUGUAAAUAAUGUGUACGAAAUGUAUAUAAAUUGCAAGAGGAGCAAAGAACCUAUUGUAGACUCCAUCAAAGAAUCAAUAACGAUUAUGGUGUCCGACAUGUUCAUAGAUAGUGUACCACGAUUUAUUGACAGUAUCCUGCAGGAUAUUGAUAUUGAAUUAAUACAGGGUUUCCUUAAGUUAUACCCAUCGGAUGACGAAGUGAAAGAAGCGUACGUAUCAAAAAAAUACAACAUGAUGACUCUCGAAACACUGGAAACUACUAACGACGUGAUCAAUUGGACAGCUCUUAUUUCCUCGUUAACAAACAACAAUAAUGCGCGCGAUAUGCAAUUGCAAGUAUACUUUGAAAAUCAGCUGUUCAAAGGAAUGGAGAAUUUGAAAGACUUCGCUGUUAGAAGAGGCCUCAAAGCGCUGAAUAAUGCUCUUCUUGGUCUUUACGCAAGAAAUCUAUACCAAGAGUUAAUCGCGCCGAAGCCCAGACACUCAAAACGUCAAUGUCUCCGCGUAGCCAGCAGCCUCAUGGAAUUUGAAGCAUCUAGUUUAUACAUGUCAUCGUUUUCGAAAGAAGAAAUUGAACGAAUGAACACAACGAUAAUCGAAAUGUUUCGCGAACUGAAAUUCACAUUAAAAUUAAAUUUCGAAGACGCUGAGUGGCUCAACGAUGCAGCCAAAGAAGAAUUAUUGAGGAAACUCGAACAGAUGACAGUAAUUAUUCCCAAUAUAUUACUUUAUGAACAUUCGCGUGGUCUCAGGCCAAAUCUAACGGAUAAUUAUUUCAAGAAUACCAUAUCAUUAAUGAAAAACUACAGGAGCAGGAUGUACAAUGAGCGCAUGUACCAAAAUCCUAGAGACCCUCAGGCAAUAUGGACGAACUUUGCAGUUCCUUUCCAGACUCAAGCAGUUACUAUUUAUGGACUAAAUACUGUAAUAAUACCUUUUGGUGUAAUCGAUUGGACAAUUCUGCCAAAAGAUUCUGAAAUUUUGAAAUCGUUCGAUUACUUACUUUAUGCAACACUUGGAAAUGUAAUAGCUCACGAGAUUAUUCAUCACUUCGACUCAACUGGAAUGUAUUACGACGGAAACAAACGCGAUAUGGAAUAUAUGAUAAUUAACGAGGAUGGAUCAUCUGUGAUAACUUUUGACAUUUACACUAGUUGUCAUAAUACGAGUUAUCCAGAUCCUAUAAACAUGAUGGUCCGAUCAUUAAACCACACGGCUAAGUUCAAGAUUUCUGAACUAUCGCUGAACGAACGACUAUCCGAUAUAACGGGAUUGCGAUUGGUUUACGAUACACUGUCGCGAAUAAGUUGGGCCAAUCAGGUGCCUUUACCAUGGCUGAAUAUGAAUGUCAAACAAUUGUUCUACCUUGCAUUUGCUCAGACACAUUGUACAAAACUGCCGUUGACGUCCUUCUACAGUCCGGACUAUCACAUACCAAGCCGCAUGCGAAUUUUCGUAUCGGCCUCGAGUGAACCACUUCUUGGCAAUGCUUGGUCCUGUAUGCCCGGCACGAAUGUUGUUCCAGCAGAUACUUGUCCUGUUUUUCCAAAGUUAGUGAAUGACGCAAAAUCCGAGGUACUUAUGGAAUGAAGUGCAUAACUUAUUAAUUACUGAACAUUCUAUAUGAUCUAAUAAAAAGAGUGGACGCGAAAGAUCAUUUGAUAACGAUACUCUAGAUUUAUUUUAAGCCAACAAGAUUUGCGGAGAAAACGUUGAGGCACAUUUCCUCCACGUUACGCGGAAGGAACACAAGAAGUUGGACCUCUCAUUCCUUAACAUCCUAAUAAUUAUCCGCGAACUUGCCACCUUUUACCCGUAUUCAGCGACUUAAUAAUAUAUCAUUUGACAUAUUACUGUUUGUGUUGUCAUAUCCGCUUGUUUCCUAAGGACAUCACAGCUUCUGUAUCGCGAGACACGUUCUUUGAAAUUGAGUUAAUAUCUUGAUUUACCUACUUAAAAAAUUAAAUAGAAGGCAUGAGGAUCUGUGUCGUAAUUGGAUGUUCUGAUACUUUUACAUAAUAUAAAAAAAAAGGAAAUUAAGGAAAAAGUUGCAUAAUUCCAAUCAAGGAAAAAUUCCUUGAAAUUUUGUUUCUCCAUCGAAUUUUAUGAGAUACUGUAAAUUUUUUUAUGAAACAUCAUUUUUCAAUUUCCUUGUUUGACAGGGGAUUAGAAAAUAUGGACAAGUAUUAAUAUUGCUUGAACUGUAUCUAGCAAGUUCCCAAUUAUGACUGCUGAGAAGGAUACUGUUGUAAAUAAAAAAAGUGAAGGAGGAAACCUCGGAAUCAUGAAUUUUCAAUUAUUAUUCUACGCAAAAACAUUUCAUAAGACGUGAUCGAAAUAUUUAACAUUAUUUGGAAUACAACUUGCUGCCGGAAUCACUAUGUUCUUGAUUACUGUCAAUUUCUAUCAAUAAUUGUGUACUGUUUCGAUUGCAACUGAUAACUCAUGAUCAUGAACUGUUGCUCUCACUCUGCAAACUGAUAACAUAUCUAUGUUCUUGCCAGCUGUACGACGUUCCAUUUUUGCGAGAUUAUCACUUUCGAAGGACUUUAAAAGAAUAAACCGAUUUUUAUGAUAAUA